AUGACGUGUAAAAACUGGAUAUUAAUUUCUACCACUACUCCCAAAAGUCUGGAGGAUGAAAUUGUGGGAAGACUUCUAAAAAUUUUGCUUGUUAUCUUUGUUGACUUAAUGUCUAUUAUAUAUGUUGUUAUAACUUCUUAGAAAGCUAUCUUCCUUUACUUUACCAGUACCUUUCAUGUUGAGUACUAGUGAAUAAAAAUUUGCAUUUCAUUAUGAGUGAUUUUAGUUUGAUGACAUCUCAUUUAUUCCAU